AUGGUCCCUCGACUAAAUGACCCUUGAAAAAGUUGAAACUAUUGCCUCUUCUUUCAAUUACAAAAACCAUUCAAUAUCAGAGAUUCCUCUGAGGUCUGCAGAUCUUUCUCUGAUCUGCAAAUAGAAAAAGCACUUGCCUCAAACAAAACACAUCAUUCAUUCUUUGUCUUGGCACUCUACUUUGAGGGUGCUCAGGCGGGCACAGAGUGAAAGAUGAUGUAUGACACGAUACUCUCCAGGAGCUUUAGUAGGAGUGACCAGAAAAAGUUGGGUUAUGGAGCAAUCAUCUGUUGCUUAAUCAUUGUGUUCAGCAUUUUCACUGCUCUCAAGCCUCACCUGGGACCUCUACCAGCUUUGACUUUGAGGUUGAAAACUGGUGAUGGUCACAAGAUGCUUUUGAUUGAAGAGAAAAGUGCACCUCCAGAACAAGAAGUUAUUACAGUUCAGAAAAAUUUCACGAGGAUGGAGCCUUUUUGCAAUGUCAUGGAUCCAAAGUCAGAUUAUUGUUCGAUCACCGGUGAUGUUAGAGUUCAAGGAAGCUCCUCCACUGUUUUCGUUGCGCCCUCUGAAAUGCUCACUGGCAAUGACUCGUGGACUAUAAGGCCUUACGCACGCAAAGGCGAUGAAACGGCAAUGAGUCCAAUUAAGAAAUGGUCAAUCUUACCGUCAGCCGUGGCCCGCCAACCUAUCCCCAUUUGCACCGAACACCACAGCGUUCCGGGAGUCAUUUUCUCAACAGGAGGAUACGCAGGAAACAAUUUUCACGCAUUCACCGACAUCAUCAUUCCGCUCUUCUUGACUACUCGGCAUUUUGGAGGAGAAGUCAAAUUCCUGGUAACAGAUAGAAAUCCUCGGUGGGUUCAGAAGUUCCGUGCCAUACUGGAAAAUCUGUCGAAGUACGAAAUUAUCAACAUCGACUAUGCAGGAGAGUACAUCCAUUGCUUCCCAAGAGUCAUUGUUGGGCUAAAGCAUCACAAGGAGAUGACAAUUGAUCCUUCGAGAUCUCCCUACUCUAUGGCCGACUUCAGGGCCUUCCUUAGGAGCGCCUACUCACUAAAGAAGGAGAACGCGAUCAAAUUACAGGGUGGUGAGCUCAAAAGACGGCCUCGUCUCCUGAUCGUGUCAAGAAAGUGGUCGCGCUCCUUCACCAACCUUGCAGAAAUCAUGACCAUGGCCGAGAACUUGGGGUACGAAGUGGUCGCCUCCGAGCUGGACUCCAACAUGUCGAGGACCCCGGAGAUCGUGAACUCCUGCGACGUGAUGAUGGGAGUUCACGGAGCCGGCCUGACGAACAUGGUUUUCCUCCCGGAAAACGCGGUCCUCAUUCAGGUACUCCCUAUCGGGAAAUUUGAGUGGCAUGCCAAGGUUUGCUUUGGCGAUCCCGCAAAGCGUAUGAACAUCGAGUACUUGGAUUACAGCAUACGGGAGAAGGAGAGCAGCCUCAUGCAAGAGUUCCCACUUGACCAUGUGGUUUUCAAGGACCCAAUUGCGUUCCAUAAGAAUAAUUGGUAUUUGUUCAAGUCAAUGUACUUGGACAAGCAGAACGUAAAGCUUGAUGUGAAUAGGUUCAGACAGACAUUGGAGAAAGCCUUGGAGCUUUUGCGUUGACCAAACAUAUUUUUUUGUCCAUACACAGGAAGUGGUUUCCUUUUAUUUUUCUUGUUUUGUCCAUAAUUUGUCGUGAUGUUUUGUUCAAUUCUCAGGCUGAUUACAGAGUGAUGGUCCAAUAGUCCCUAAUUCUGUCUAGGGGAUUGAAUUCAUGUUUUGCACCUUUGUUGCUCAUAAGAUCUUUCCUUCCUGGCAUCGCCAAAAUCAACCUUGUUACAAGUAAUUGAAAUGUGCCUUCCAGGAAUGGAAACACAAGACGAAAUUGGCUUUUGCUGGAGCCUAGCCCCCUCCAAAAUCAUAUAGUGACUAGCUUUCGGCACGGAUUGAGCAUCACGGAAGGGUAAAAAUUGAGCUAAACGAGUGACAGAUUUAUAUUGAAAUGGAGAUUAGAUGAUGAUUUCACACUUCGAGGGACGGAAUUCUCUCAAGCCCCUUCUGCAAUUGCGUCUGCCUUGUACUAACUUAAGUUUUACCUUGAAUCUACAUUCUGCCUAUCUGGCCAAGAAUACUUGGAAAUAAAUAGCAAUAUACACAACUGUCCAGGGUAUCGAAUUUUCGGAAGGCAAGUUGCCAUUCAAUCCAUCAUUUCCGUAUGCACAGCACUGUCGAUCUAAAGUUGACAAAUGGUUUGAUGCGAGGCGGCAAUUCUUCCAUCCACCUAACUUUCAACUGUGCUAUUACUCAUAUACAAGAUAAUCAAUUGCAGGAAAAAAAAAAUCAGGAGAAGAACAUUCCCUCCAUGUCAGGAAUCCAUGAGGGGUUUAGGUAAGCUGUGCUGUCGGAGUCUCGGAUGUGAUGUCGCCAGCAGACUUUGCUCAGCAGUUCUUGCCUCCAACAGGAGCCGCAGAGGUACUGCUUACAGUAGUUAGGACCAAUUGAUGAGCUUUGCGAUAUCUGAAGAGAAUUGAUCCUCCAGCCUCUGGCGCCAAAAGAAUUUUGACCUGUAAAACCAUUUUCCAGCGAAUGAAGUUCAGCAUCUGUCAUGGAGUGCCAAAGAUGUACUCUCUGAUGUGACUUCGUCAACUGAAGAGAUAAAGCUUUCAGAGCCCAGAAUUUGUUCUCUCAAACCUUUGAUAGCAUUAGGAGCUCUGCUCUUUUUGGCUGACAGUGUUAAUGCGUACAGAUAUCACUGCUACUAUGGCCAACUUAACUCCACCUACUGCUGCGUGCUGUCCUCUGACUCUUAACCUUCUUCUUUUUUACGAGCGUAGACACAGCAUCCACAUCGGAAGAGGAUAGAUGAGUCUCACCCCUUAACCAGAGCAAUGCCUGGGCAGCCGCAUCCUUCUCCGCGAGCUUCUUAUUGCUGCAAGGCCGUCCUGUGAAAUCCAAUCCAUUGAAGAUCGCAGUAGAACGGAAUUGAUUGUUUUUCACUUGCUUUGUCUUGUAGAUUGGUGCUUCGUGUCCUGCCCUAACAAGUAAAGUUUGCAAUUCGUUCUUCGAAUUAUCAACAUUGGCUCCCUUUGUGCCUUUCGAUGAUGU